CCCUUCUUCGCAGAGGAUUGUGGGUGGAAACAGGAGAAUCAAGAUGGCAGCGCCCUGCUCGAGAAUGGCGAAUCGCCCUUUAUGGCAAUUUAUUACAAAUGUCAGACGGACAGGGCUAAAACAUACAGGAGUUCGUCAAAUUUCUCUCGGUUCUGCUUGUCGAGCUGCAACUCAGACCAGAGGUAAAACGGAAAGCGUCGCGUCGCCAUGGAAGCUGUACGGGGCGGUGUGUCUCCAGAGGCUGCCUGUCAUAUCACAGGAGCGGAACCCGAUCGAAGACCAAUUCGCUGAGCUCAUGCAUCAUAUGGAGCUGGAGAGAAGCUUGCUGUCGGAUCAUGAACAGAGACUCCUAGAGGACUCAGAACGUGCGACUCGCAAACAGGCAGACGACUAUGAUUCAGAUGAGGAGGAGGCAGACUACGGUGGCCAGGAGACCAUCACCGCUCAGGACCAGGAGGACACCUGGGAACAGAAGCUCAAACACUUCCAACCUGCUCUCAGAGACAGAGGUAGGAGGCAGAGAGGUUGUGGGACACCGCUGGGCUCAGUGGAGAGGUGUCUAGGAGACAGCCUGGUGCUGCUGGUCCAGCAGACUGUCGGUAAAGAGACCAUCUGGCUGCUCCCUCAGGCCCAGUGGGAGGCAGGGGAGACUCUCCGACAGACAGCAGAGAGAGGCCUCAGCAGCCUGCCAGAGGCUGAUUUCAAGGCUACGUUCCUUGGCAACACCCCCUGUGGAGUGUACAGGUACACAUUCCCCAAAGAGGUCCGGACAGAGCGCUGCGUGGGAGCCAAGGUCUUCUUUUUCAAAGCUUUCCUGUCUGCUGGUUCAGCCAGUCAGGAAGAACCUUUCCUGUGGGUGAAGAAGACUGAACUGCAGGGAUACCUGAAGCCACCUUACUUGGAGAAGGUUGACCGCUUCAUACUCAACCUGUGA